AUGAACCUUAAUCCCUUUGCUGGGCAAGGAUCGGGCUGUCCCCAGCGGUACCGAACUGCUCUCUGGGCCAGCUGUCUCGGAAACCUCCUCCGGAGAGUGGCGGUGUUAGCGAUGGGACUUUGGCUUUCAGUUUUCCACCAGCAGUUGGGGAACUCAGGAAGCCACAGAAACGUGAGCGGGAACGUAGGAGAUGGCAACACCACCCUGGAGAAAGGCUGCUUGGAGCUGAGGAAAAGUCUCUGCUUGUCACAGUUGCAAGAGGGUGAGGGGUGCAAGCUCUGCCCCACGGGCUGGAUGCUGCACGGGAGCAAGUGUUACUGGGUUACCGACAUGAUCAAGUCGUGGAGCAAGAGCCAGGACGACUGCAGGAAUCGGGGGGCCGAGCUGGUGAUGCCGGGGGACCAGGAAGAGCUGGCUUUCCUAAACAAAAUCCUGCAGAAACCCAACGCUACUUCUGGAUCGGCCUCUCCAUCCCCUCCGCCGGGAAGGGCUGGACCUGGCUGA